AUGGCUCCCGGUUCCGGCUUCGAGCUUGAGCUAAGCGAGCCUCCCAUGUGCGACGGCAAGCCAUGGGGCGGACAUAAAGUACCACAAAGGUGGGCUUAUGUCUCCGAGGAACAGGGAGUCCCGAGGACAGUACCGGUAAGCGCUACGAGCUGGACCGUGACACUAAGCCUAUCCUAUGCUGCAACUACAACUUAUAAUGUCCUGAGUUUUGGAGGAAAACCAAAUGGUGUAAAAGACUCCACCCAAGCUUUCCUAAAUGCAUGGUCUAUGGCUUGUUCUUCUGCUGCUUCUACUGUAAUUGUAGUACCAAAAGGAAGGUAUUUGCUUCGUUCUAUGGUAUUCAAAGGUGACUGUAAAAGCCCCCAUAUAACUUUUCAAAUUGAUGGAACGCUAGUUGCCCCAGAUGAUUAUAGAAUUCUAGGCCAGGUUGAGAACUGGUUCAGUUUUGAAGGAGUGAGCGGAGUUUCUAUCAUUGGAGGGGCUUUAGAUGCUAAAGGAUCUGCAUUGUGGGCUUGCAAAGCUUCAGGCAAAAAAUGUCCAAGUGGAGCAACUACACUGAGUUUUACAGACUCUAACAACAUUAGGAUUGAUGGAUUAGUAUCACUAAACAGCCAGAUGUUCCACAUUGUCAUCAAUAGGUGUCAAAAUGUGCAUAUUCAAGGAGUGCAGAUCAUAGCCAAUGGUAACAGCCCGAACACGGAUGGAAUCCAUGUUCAGUUAUCAAGCAAUGUUGCAAUCAUAAACUCCUCCAUUAGAACUGGGGAUGAUUGUGUGUUCAUUGGCCUUAGAACGACGACCUUGUGGAUCGAAGACAUAGUAUGCGGUCCUGGCCAUGGAAUUAGCAUUGGUAGUCUUGGAAAGGACUUGGAAGAGGAAGGGGUCCAAAAUGUGACAGUAAAGAAGGCUGUUUUUACUGGUACACAAAAUGGUUUUAGAAUAAAGUCAUGGGGAAGACCCAGCAAAGGAUUUGUCCAAGGUGUACAAUUCAUUGAUGCUAUAAUGCAAAAUGUCCAAAAUCCCAUUGUAAUUGACCAAAAUUAUUGUCCAAGCAAGGUCAAUUGUCCUGGUCAGGCAUUGGGUGUGGAAAUCAGCAAUGUGAUAUACAAAAACAUUCGAGGAACAUCGACUACAUCGGUUGCAAUAAAAUUCGAUUGCAGUGCUACAAAUCCAUGCUCUGGGAUAAGAUUAGAGAAUGUAAAGCUAACAUACAAUAAGCGAGAAGCUCAAUCAUCCUGUGUCAAUGCAAAUGGAAAAGCCUUUGGCAUUGUUCAACAAAAUAAUUGUUUGUAA